AUGUCGGGUCGCCGGGCGUUGCUUUGCGCUGCCUGGGUGCUGUGGGGUUCUCAACUUGGCUUCCUCAGCAGCUUUCGAAGCGCGCGCCCGGUUUGCCGGACCUUGCGGCGUGCUCGUGAUCCGCGGCUGACCCCUGCCAGCCUGCUGCUGGAAGAGGAGGACGGGCGCGAGGACGUGAAGCUGAGGAAUGACCUGGAGGAGCUGACGAUGGACUCGAUGGACAUGGUGGAGGACGAUGACGACCGCGACGCGGAUGCCCGAAGGCGCCCGCGAAGCGCCCGGCCCCGUCGGCCCGGUGGCCGGGUGGAGAUGGAUCCCAAGUUCAAGCGGGCGGGGUACUUUGAUCGCCGGGAUCUGUCCAGGCUGAACGCCUCCGACUUCGACAAAAAAGGGAAGCUGCAGGGAUUGUCAGUGGACGAGUUGGAGGAGCGCCUGGAGCGCCGGUUCCAGGCGUCCAAGCCACAACCGCGCGAGGAGCCCAAAAAAGCGGAGGCGGACGAGGAGGAAGGCUUCGACCUCUUCUGGCGUCCCGGGCGCCGCCCGCUGCGCCGCGCCCAGGCGCGGCCGCGCUCGGCCAAUGCGAGGGCAGCCCUGCCCGCGAAGCCGGUGAAGCCCAAGACUCGCCCAAAGAGCAUUGACGGCUGGCUCUUGAACAAGGAGCCGACGCGCAUAGAACGAAGUCAGCCAGAGCCAGAGCCGUCUGACCGGAUGGGAACCUCCAAGUUCCGGAAGCGAUACAAGGCGGUGAUGCGGAAUUAUGGCCCACUGCCCUGGGACCGUGUCGAAGGCAUGACGAGUUGGCUGGACCCGGCAAACAAGACAUGGCAGGAGCUAGGCCUCGACUCGGCGGAGAGCCAGACAGUGGUGAGGCCGAGCUUGGACGCGGGAGCGCACUGGCGAGAGCUCAUGGAGCUGUCAGCGGUGGAGAUGGCCGGCAUGAACAAGCUCCAUGAUGCGGCGCUCUGGGCUGGGCUGGGAGGUGCUGCCAGGCAGUCACUCUUUGGCCUGCUGGGCGUGGAAGGCACGACGCCGGUUCGCAACAUCGGGAUCAUCCCAAAGCAUGAUUUUGCGACCAUCGUCAGCACCUGGACCCUCCCAGCGCCAACGCCAGACGUGCCUACAGCCACGGUGCCCCCCACUGCCAACCAAGUCGGCCAGGCCGGGCUGUUGGGACGCGCGUGCAGGGUGAAAUGUGGCACAGAAGAAAACCGAUUGGGAGCUUCCUCUUCCGAUUCUUCUUUGAAUGCCAUGGGGGCACCUGCCAAGAAAGCAAAGCUUAGCAACGUCAUCUAUCAAGCCAACGAUGCAGAAGAGGCUCUGCUUGACAAAAGCGAAGUUCAGAAGGCCUUUAACAGAUACAAGAAGGCCUUCGGGGACCCCCUGCAGAAGAAGAACCAACCACUCACCAGAUUGCAGCUCUUCAGGCUGUGUGCAGUGCAGAUGUUUUCAGAUGUGAUGCUGGAUGUGCUGACGCCAGCUCGGCGCGAGGCCUACCUCACCCUCAUCAAAAAGUACCACACUCGCUACGGCCCUAACAUCGCAAAGCCGUUGCGGCUGGGAUGGCUAACGAGUGACCCGGUGAAACCGUGGGAAUACUCCAUGCGGCUCCUGAUCGACAGCACGAGGUUCUGGAAGGACGAGUUGGAGGACCCGUGCAUGCUGGUCCCCACUCGCCACGCCAGCGCUGGCAGCUUUGUUGAGGCCGAGGCGGACAAGAAGCAAGCUGCCGAUCUGAGGAAGCAGCCCGGCGCGAAGCUCAGGCCCGAAGACAGAAAUCACAACGUGUCGGAAGGCCGGUACACAACCAACCGGCGUGGAGUGGCGCUGUGCGAGGGUUACAACACCGUUGAAUGCAAGGAGGUGGACCGAUACGGGCGAUGCUCCAAGGACUUGAGUCGGGUGCAUCAAUGCAACCGAUGCCUGUCGAUCGAACAUGCUGGGGUGAACUGCGACAAAGCCCCUCCUGCAGACCAUCACCGAGGCAAAGGCAAGCGGGGCAAAGGUGCUGGGAAGCGGAAGUCUAAGUGA